CUCACGAAAGAAUUCCCUUCAGUAAUAUAAGCGUCCUCAGCGAAUCAUGUUCAAACGCGUUUUGUCUAUACUAUUAUUAUUUUUAUGCUCAUUCUUAUGUUUUGCCGGAAUUGUACGCGACUUUUCAGAAGAAAAAACUUCAAAAAAAACUUGUGGAUAUGAGUCAUGUCCAAAAAUAGAUCCGAAAAAAUUAAAUGUUCAUUUGGUACCACAUACACAUGACGAUGUUGGCUGGUUAAAAACAGUAGAUCAAUAUUAUUAUGGAAGUAGAACCUUAACUCAAAAAGCAGGAGUGCAGUAUAUUAUUGAUACUGUCAUUGAAGCUUUAAGACAUGAUCCUGCUCGGAAAUUUAUUUAUGUUGAGACGGCAUUUUUGUGGAAGUGGUGGCAGCGUCAAGAUGAUAAAAUCAAAGAAGAAGUUAAAUCAUUUAUAAAUGAAGGUCGUUUAGAAAUUAUUGGAGGAGCAUGGAGUAUGAAUGACGAAGCCACGACGCAUUAUCAUUCAAUUAUUGAUCAAUCUACUUGGGGAUUUAGACGUUUGAAUGACACAUUUGGUGAAUGUGCUCGUCCUAAAAUCGGUUGGCAAAUUGACCCCUUUGGUCAUUCUCGAGAACAAGCUUCAUUAUUCGCCCAAUUUGGGUUCGAUGGAAUGUUCUUCGGUCGUUUAGAUUAUCAAGAUAAAGCGAAACGUUUGAAAGAUAAAACUGCUGAGUUUCUCUGGAAAGCUAGCUCGAGUUUAGGGGAAAAGGCUAAUUUGUUUUCGAUAGCUUUGUUCAAUAAUUAUUCACCUCCUCCGGGAUUUUGUUUUGAUAUACUUUGUUCAGACGAUCCACUUAUCGAUGACCCGGAAAGUCCAGAUAAUAACAUUGAAGUUAAGAUAAAAGAAUUUUAUAAUUAUACGAUAAACCAACAAGCUAAACAUUAUCAAACAAAUAAUAUUAUUCUUACAAUGGGUGGUGAUUUUACUUAUCAACAAUCGGAAAUGUACUUCAUGAAUCUGGACAAAUUGAUAAGAUAUACAAAUCAAAUGUAUGGAUCAACAGUUAACGUAUUCUACUCAACACCUUCGUGUUACAUAAAAUCCCUAAAUGACGCGCAAAUGUCCUGGACAACAAAAUCAGAUGAUUUUUUCCCGUACAGUAGCGACCCUCAUGCAUUUUGGACCGGCUAUUUUACUUCUCGACCGACAUUGAAAUUUUUCGAGCGUAUGGGCAACAAUUUCCUUCAAGUCACUAAACAAUUGUCAGUUUUGUCAAAACUAAUGGACAGCAAAGGUUUGAUUCAUUUCAAAGAAGCGAUGGGUGUCAUGCAGCAUCACGAUGCCGUAACAGGAACAGAAAAACAACACGUAGCUGAAGACUACGCGAGACUUUUGUACGCCAGUUUUAUGCAUGGCACAAAUAUCGUGUCCGAUGCUCUGUCAAAAAUGUUAAAAAAAGAUCCUCAAGCUCCGGAAGUUGAAUUCAAAUCAUGUUUACUAUUGAACAUUAGUUCCUGCGUCUUCAGUGAAACAUCAGGAAACUUUGUCCUUACGUUAUACAACCCAACAAGUCAACCCAUGUCAACAUACGUCCGAAUACCCGUCAAUGGAAACGCUUAUAAUGUGAAAGAUUACACUGGUAAGGAAAUAGUAACACAAUUACUACCGAUUCCACAAUUCGUACGUCAAACACCAGGAAGAAUAAGCAAUUCAACAAAAGAAUUAGUAUUUCGUGCUAUUGAUACCCCCGCUUUGGGUCAUCAAUCGUUCUACAUUACAAAAUUAUCAUCGAAUACAGUUGAAGAAAUCAGUCAAGCAGCGAUAUCAUCGAUUGGUAAUGACUUAUACGACGUCAGUGUUAAUGAACUCGGUAAUGUUGUUAUAAAAUGGAAAAAUAUGAAUUUACAAGUUACUCAAUCAUUUCAUUAUUACGAAGGCAUGAAAGGAAAUAAUACCGCCUUUGCUUAUCGCGCGUCAGGAGCUUAUAUUUUCCGUCCAAACCAAUCAAGUAUUCAUGAUUUUUCAUACUCAGGAAAUCACAAAUUUUACACUGGACCUGUAGUCAAUGAGUUGCAUUUAACAAUUAACAAUUACGUAAGCCAAAUAGUACGCGUUUAUAAUUCAGAAAAGAAAAUUGAUUUUGAAUGGGUAGUAGGGCCUAUUCCUAUUGACGAUUCUGUUGGAAGAGAAGUAAUUACUAAGUAUACGAGUAAUCUUAAUUCGGAAAAAACAUUUUAUACUGACAGCAAUGGUAGAGAAAUGCUCAAACGUAUAAGAAAUUAUCGUCCCUCUUGGAAUGUGAGUUUAGAAGAACCAAUUGCUGGUAACUAUUAUCCAGUUACUGCUAAAAUUUAUUUGGAAGACGAGAAACAAAAAAUACGAAUGAGUAUUUUGAAUGAUCGGGCUCAAGGAGGUACAAGUAUGAUUGAUGGUGAAUUGGAAGUAAUGUUACACCGAAGAUUACUAAAUGACGAUGCUUUUGGAGUCGGCGAAGCUCUAAAUGAAACAGCUUUUGGUUAUGGACUCGUGGCCAAAGGUACACAUUCACUUCUUGCCAGCAGUCUUGAAGAUUUAUCAACAGUUGCAUUGGCUGAAAAAUCAGAAGCUAUUGCUUUGGCAUUAAGACCCUGGUAUUUGUUUUCUCCCCUCGCGAAUCUAUCGUUUAAUCAAUGGAAUAGCUAUUACUCUAUGCAGGGAAGCAGCUUGCGGAAUAAGAUACCAAAAAAUCUUCAAAUUCUAACUCUUGAACCGUGGAAAGAUAAUACAAUUUUAUUGAGACUUGAACAUUUGUUUGAAAAAAACGAAGCAGGAGCUUUAUCACAAAGCGUUACUAUGAAUCUUGCGGAUCUUUUUGCAAACCUUGAAAUAGUUUCGGUAAAAGAAACUAGUCUUGGUGGAAAUCAAUGGAUUGAAGACAUGAAUCGGCUGCAGUGGCAAACAGAAUCAAAUGAAGUUGAUGAUCAACCAUACGAUUUUACUCGGGUUGUUAAAUUGGAAGAUGGUGCCAUUGAAGUUACUUUGAAUGCUAUGGAAAUACGUACUUUUAUUCUCUACAUUAAGAACCGAUCAGAUAAUCAAACAUAAAAUUAUACGCUGAUAAAAUUUGAUUAAAAAAUAAACUCAAUGUAACGAGUAAAUAUUUUUCUAAAAAAAAUGUAAAAAUUUCUUAUAGAAACAUAAAUUUUUU